AUGUCAGGAAGAGGAAAGGGAGGCAAGGGACUUGGAAAGGGAGGAGCCAAGCGCCACCGGAAAGUUCUCCGUGACAACAUCCAGGGAAUCACGAAGCCGGCGAUCCGUCGUUUGGCCAGGCGAGGUGGUGUUAAGCGUAUCAGCGGUCUCAUAUACGAGGAGACACGAGGUGUCCUCAAGAUCUUUCUCGAGAACGUUAUUCGUGAUGCAGUAACCUACACCGAGCAUGCUCGCCGGAAAACUGUGACUGCUAUGGACGUGGUUUAUGCAUUGAAGCGACAAGGUCGUACUCUGUAUGGUUUUGGAGGGUAG